AUGGAAGCAUCGGGCAUCGUGACCUCCAAGAAGCUGCAGAUCGUCCCGGAUGAGGAGGAAGGACGCUGCGUGAAGAGCAUCGCAGCAAUCGAGAAAGGCGAGGUGCUCGUACAGCUUCCCCAGGCAUCAGCUGCGUCCGUACAGAUGUCGGAUACUGCGGGCCCUGGAGAAGGCUUAGAACCCUUGGCUGGCUGGUGGUCAAGGCAUACCCGGAGUUCCAUCCGGCUAGCUGCAGCCUUGGUUCUUCAAAGGGAGAAGUUCCAGCCCUACAUAGAUAUGCUCUACCCCAUGGAGAGCAUCUAUGCCCCGUGGUUGUGGGAGGAUCAGGAUUUACAAUUUCUUCCAGAGAAGCUGGCUGCGAGCGCUGCAGCUCGCAGGAAAGCCUUGGAGAGCGCAU